CUCACCAUUCAUCUGCCUCAGCGGUUGGAUGCGCGGCUGAAGAGUCACAUCUCUGGGCACAGGGUCAGAAAGAGGAGAUUCCUGCUGAAAUAAAUCUGAAAUAACGACAGAAGGAGAAUUUAUAUCUAAAGCGGCGUAGUGUUUCCUGAUCUGGGUAAAUUACGGGAGUUUUUUCGUUGCAGAGUUAGGCUUUCGUUCUUCGAAAAAACUGGAUUAAUUUUAAUUAUGAGUUUAAUAUUGCUCGUUACGUUUUCGCGAAGGAAUGAUUAAAAAAUCGUGAGCAGAUAUCUCGCGUCAGACCACUUUUAACAACAGGAAUAUGGCAAAAAAUAUUAUAGACGUCCCAAGGGAUGAUUUAAGUAAGAUAUCGGAUGAAGAACUGCUUAAAUGUAGCAAAGAGGAGCUGCUUAGGAGACUCCGGAAAGUGGAUAGUGAAAAGAUUAACUUGAUGGUGGAACACGGGAACAUGAUGAAGGACGUCAACCGGAGAUUACAAGUGCAUCUCCACGAAAUACGGAGUUUGAAGGAGGUCAACCAGAAACUGCAAGAAGACAACCAGGAGCUUAGAGAACUGUGCUGUUUCUUGGAUGAUGAUCGGCAGAAAGGGAAGAAGCUGUCCAGGGAAUGGCAGCGAUUUGGCAGGUACACUGCCAGUGUUAUGUGGAAGGAGGUUGGUAUAUUCCAGCAAAAACUGAAAGACCUAGAAACCAACCAGGAGAGUGUGAUGAGAGAGAAUGUGGAGCUGAAGGAGAUCAUCCUCAUGUUAGAUGAUGAGAGGAAUGGAGCCGGAUCCAGGAGCUCCAUAGACAGCCAAUCCAGUCUGACCAAUCUGAACGGAGGUUCUGCUACUGUGAGGGAUGUUGGAGAUGGGAGCAGUACCUCUAGCACGGGCAGUGCUGGAAGCCCUGAUCACCACCACAGCCAUAUUCACAAACCUUCAGAGGGAAAGAUAAUGUCUAUCAGGAGGUCUAUGGAUGAUCUAUCAACCAACCAUCUUCUCAGAAGCGUACCGAAUGGGCUCAAUGAUUCAUCUUCAAGCUACAUCCGCCAACUUGAGACUAAAGUCCGGAUUUUAGAGGAUGACAACAAGCAGUUGUUAUCCCAGCAGGGGAACAUGGGAGAUCUGAAGACACUUCGGAAAGGGCUGUCCUUGUAUCACUCAGAGUCCCAGCUCUCCUCACUAUCCCAGUUUCAGGACACCUUACAGAAUGGGUCUGCGCGGAUGCCAGGAGGUGAUUUGCCGCCCCCCGUCACAGGAUACCUGCCGGCUGCACAGAAACCAGAGGCUGUUGUCCAUGCCAUGAAAGUAUUAGAAGUCCACGAGAACCUAGACAGGAAGAUCCCGGAGGACUACGAGGAGGAUCUCAGUGAGAAAGAGAAAGCCAUUGUCAGAGAGAUGUGUAAUGUGGUGUGGCGUAAGCUCGGUGAUGCAGCAGGAUCCAAACCCUCCAUCCGCCAACAUCUCUCUGGGAACCAGUUCAAAGGCCCUUUGUAGCUUCCAUGUCAAUGACCAGCAGGGCCUCGAACAAACAAACCAAUCUGUGAAUAUGACAGGAGGAAUAGACCGUCUCAGAACUGGGCAACUUCUGAAAACGACACAAAGAACUUUGCUUCUACUGCCAGCUUCUUUCAGCCCAUGGCAUUCAGUUGAGACAUUUCAAACCUAUUACUUAUGAUGCCAGGUGGUAGUUAAAUAUAUAAUGGACUCAAAAUUAGCACAAGCUAAAUCAUAGCUCUAUUUAUGUGCACACCAUCCAAGUAUUCAUACAAGGCAGCUUAAUGGACUCAUUUCUCGUUCCAGAUAAGGAAUGAAAGCAGAUAAAUACUCCGUGGAGAUACUCCUACAAGAUAGAUCCUUUCCACUCCUAAAAGCUUUUUGAUUUUGGCACAAGACCACUCCAAGAUUUUUUUUUGCCCUUUCACACUACCAUUCAAAAGUUUGGGUGUAAGAUUGGGUUUUUUAUGUUUUUGAAAGAAGUCUCUUAUGAUCGGCAAGGCUGCAUUUAUUUGCUACUACAUACAGUAAAAGUAAUAUUGUAAUAAUUCAGUAAUAUUGUGAAAUAUUAUUACAUUUUAGAAUGGCUGUUCUGUUUUAUUCCUGUGAUGGCAAAGCUGGAUUUACUCCAGCUUUCAGUGUCACAUUAUCCUUCAGAAAUCAUUCUAAUAUGCUGAUGUGAUGUUCAAGAAACAUUUUUUUAUAAUUAUCAAUGCUGAAAACAGUUGUGAUGCUCAGUUGUGGAAACCAUCAAUGAAUAGAAAGUUCAAAAGAACUGUAAUUAUUUUCAAUUGAAAUUUUUCAUUUUUGGCUACAUUUAAUGCAUCCUUGCUGAAUAUAAGUAUUAUUUAAAAAAAUAAAAUAAAAAAAAGAUCUUACUUACCCCAAACUUUCAAACAGUUGUUGUAUAUAUAUUUUUGACUUUAGCCAUUCCCAUCACACCAGAAUGUAACAGACUGUUAUCAUUACAAUUAAGUUCAAACAAGAAUCAUUUUACUUAUAAAUUUACCAGCCGUUGAUUAUUAACAAGUUCUAUUCAUUUAUCAAUGUUAAUUAUGGACCGUUAACAUAGCUGAAAAACAAAACAUAACAGUAAACCUUUUAAUUAAAAAAAAAAGUCUUUAUUUCAGGUAGUUCAUGAAUAACAUAUUUUCUCAGGUUCCCAGAAAUACAUAUUCUAAAAUAAUACUGUAUACUUGUGAAUAAAUUCUAUAACCUGGAAAUAUUCAAAAGAUAUAUGGAGGCCAGCUCACAAGUUUUUUUUUCAAACGGUUCUUAUAAAUGCCAUCUCAUUUCAAAGCAUAUUACUUUAUGUUCCAAAUUGACAAUCGUGAUUAAUAAAGCUGCUUUCCAUGACUUCAUUUGUAAUUAAACAAAUGAAAACAGAUGGAGUCAAAAUUCAAUAUCAAUAUCUUGUAAUGUGUCCCAAUGCAGUGCUUUUGAUUGUAUAUGAGACCUUAUGGAUUUGUGUGGUCGUAAUAUAAUUAAAAGUAUUGAUAAGGGAAUAGUUCAGCCAAAAAUGAAAAUUUGUUGGAAAUUAACUCACCCUCUAGCUCAUCAGAACAGAUUUGGAGAAAUUUAGCAUUACAUCACUCGCUCACCAAUGGAUUCUCUGUAGUGAAUGGGUGCCGUCAGAAUGGUUUAAAGUUAAAAUGCCUUAAUAAUGGAUUUGUUUCUUACAAACAAUCAACGUUUUGCUUCACAAUAUCGUGUGAAUUAUGACGUUUUUAUCAGCUGUUUGAACUCUCAUUCUGACGGCACCCAUUCACUGCAGAGGAUCCAUUGGUGAACAAGUCAUGUGAUGCAAAAUUUCUCCAAAUCUGUUUCAAUGAAAAACCUUUGAUGGCCUGAGGGUGAGUUCGUGUUCAUUUUCAGCAAUUUUUCAUUUUUGGCUGAACUAUUCCUUUAAAUCUGUUUUAGGUCUACAAAUUGAGUUCUGUAUGAAAAGAACUGGAACUGUAUUUCAGGUUCUAGAUAGUGAAUAGGUGCAACAGAGAAGCUCUGUGCUGGAUGAAUGCAAGUAUGGAAGUGAUGCGUGUUUUCUGUUUAGCCUGAGGUUUCAUCAGUACACUAUUUCAAAAAGCAUUUUAAUGUCGUAAUCUGCGAUCGGAGCAUGUAAAGUAACUCUAAAGCCAGUCACACUUUCCACUAUUCCUUUUACCAAGCUUAACAUUUCUGCUUAAACUGAAUGAAAUCAGAUCAUACAGUAUGUGCUGAUAAAAACUGGAUCAAUUGUAAGGUUUGCAUUAUUAAUAAUAAGCUUCUUUUGCUGAGUUUUGUCUAAUUCUGCUCCAUAGGCCUAGUUCGUGAGACCGUCAGGCAACAUCUUUUAUGUGCUUACUGUACAUGAUAUAUAGCAAAGUCUUAUGAAUGAAAGUAAAUGAGAAAGCAGUAAAUGAGAUGUCUUUUGAGUUUUAUGUAUUAUAAUUCAGAUUCAUUAUCUGUGUACACAAGAACUGUCUCAAAAGAUGCUUGCUGCAUUCCCACAAAAGCUCUUUUUUUAAAACCAGUGACCCGAUAAGCCAUAAUUUUGUAUUGUUUGUUUAAAUUGAAGCUAUUCUGAGCAUUGCCGAAAAUCCCUCUGCCGAUCUAGUUAUUUUUGUAUUAAAGUUGUGUGGAUAUUUCAUUGAAAUUGUAUAUUUAUGAGAGCACUUUUACAGUGCUAGACUGAAAUCACAUUCGUAUUGGAUGGGUUUUUUUCACACUGGAUGCAGCAGGUGGCUUUUGGCGGUGUUGCGUUUUUUGUUUUGUCUGAUGUUUAUGCGAACAAAAUGAGCAGCAAACAUUUGAAUAAGUAAAGAAAAUAGUUGCAUAUUUUUAUGAAAAGGAUACGUUAUGAAUUUGGGUCAGUAAAACAGUGUGUGCCGUUAACAACACAGUAAAUAUUGUCUCUGCUAUGCUGUGAAGUGUUUCAUGUGAACACAAUACCUAAAUCACUGGUGUUGGACUACACGCAUACAUUAAAACUAUUUUUGAAAUCCAAUUAAAAGUGUCCUUUAUAAACAGAUCUAGAAUACGCAACUACUGACUUUUUUUGUAUUUGUUCAGUUUAAAAAAACAAAAGAAUCUGAAAUGCUGAUAUUUUCCUAUUUUCUUUUCAAAUGCACUGCUUCUUUUGUGAAUGAGGAUUUGAUGUUUGAAUCUUUCAUGAAAUUCAAUGUUCUGUGUAGCUCAUCUGUAUGUGAAACACAUGAAGUUGUAUUCUAGGACAUACAAUUCAGCGCAAUGUAAAUAACUACCAUUACUGUAGCAUACCUGUAACUAGCAUGCGUUUAUAUAUUUUUAAUAAGCUGUAUGUAGCUGAGAAUGGACCUGUAUUUUAGCUAAUAAAAAUUCAAAAUAAAUUGCAAAUAACCCUCUUGUAGAUUUGAAAUAAAACAGAAUCCUUUUCUUUG